UGGCCGGCGGCGUGCGGUGUGGCGAGUGCCGGGCGGAGGUUGGGGGGCUCUUAUCUCCGCCGGACGUUUCGCCCGGCCGCGUUUCUUUUCCGUUCAGCCUCGGGGCCCGUGAGGUGUCCUCAUGGCGGCCAUCUACUCCGGGGUUCACCUGAAGCUGAAGAGCGCCAGGACCCCAUGGGAGGACAAGCUGAAGCUCGCUCGCUUCGCCUGGGUUUCCCACCAGUGCUUUCUCCCCAACAAGGAGCAAGUAUUACUUGAUUGGGUAAGCCAUACGUUGGUUUCAUACUACAAUAAGAAACUUGAAUUGGAGGAUGAAGUUGUUGAGAAGCUUUGGGCAUAUCUAGACAAUGUUAUCCAUAGUAGAAGGCUACAGAAUCUUUUGAAGAGUGGGAAGACUAUCACUCUCAGCUUUUCAAUUGCACAGGUCAUAAAUGAAAGAUUAUCGGAGGCCUGCUCUCAAAAAAACCAGCAAAACCUUGGCUCGGUGCUGAGUUGCUCCAGCGGCAUCCUUUCUACUCCUUCACUCUCCAUCAUUUACACAGCAAAGAGUGAGCUCUUAGUUGACCUCCUCAGCAAGCUCUCUGAGCUGGCAUGUCAGCAGCUGGCUUCAGAAGAUGCUGUGGGCUCCCAGUUGUUCAGCAUCCUCCACCUUACCUUUGUACAGUACCUCCUGAUCCAGAGGCAGCAAACCAACCCAAACCGUGUGUUUGGGCAGGUGACAAGCCACUUGUUCCAGCCAUGUCUGCUACUGAGGCACUUGCUGACCACACGGAGCUGGACACAGUCAGAUGACAACCACGUGCGUCAGUACUUGAGCAGGGAAAUCCGAAAUCAAGUAGAGACAUUGUUGCAGGCUGGUUUAUUCCAGCCUGAGCUCUUCUCCUCCUACAAAGAGGAGUUGCUGCCAGAAGGGGAACCUCAGGAGAAGAAGAAAGGAGCUUUGAAAAAUCUCUUGCUUCCAGUAAACACUGUGCAGACCAAGUUGAGGAGUGGCUUUUGUGAACCUGCCAUUCAUGGACCAGUUGUGGCUAGUGCAGUGUCCCUGCUAUAUAAACUCUUUCUGGACUCAUACUGCAAGGCAGAAAACCACCUUGUGUGUUUCCACAUGCUUACCAGGCUUUUUGACUGUCUCAGGCUCUCUGGCCUACAGCAGAGCGUGGGACAGGACACGCUUUCCCCUGCAGACUGGAGCACAGAGCUCCUUGCUUUGGAACAGCUUCUGAACUUGGUGCUUAACAAUGAUAUCUAUAACAUUGCCAGUGACCGCAUACGGCACAAGGAGGUACAGUUUGGGUUUUACUGCAAGCUGGCGCAGAUGUUGUUGAGUCACUCCCAGGCUUCCAUCCCAGCUUGGUUCAGGUGCCUCAAAGUUUUACUGUCAUUAAACCACCUUAUAAUAGAGCCCGACCUGCUUGAUUUAGUGGCCUCUGCUUGGGUUGAUGCAAAGGUGUCUGAGCAACGUGCAAAGAAGCCCCAGGAGGCUCUGAUCAACACCAUGUUUCAGACAUACUCCAAGCUGCGGCAGUUCCCACGGCUUUUUGAGGAGGUUCUGACAGUCAUUUGCUGGCCAGCUGUCGAUGAGCUGAGGCUGCCUGUCUUGUCUGCUGGAUUGACAGUGAAACUUCGCGAGUGCCUCCUUGAGCUGCCACCCAACCAGAUUCUGGACAUUGUGUGUCUCUUAGUGGAGAAAUGCCAGCUCCUUAUUCCUGCAGUUGAAAGGUCUGUUGACAUGGCCUUGAAACUGAUGUCAUUGAGCUCAGUGCUGCACGCUUUUCUGUUCAACAUGAGGAGUUUAGAUGAUGUCACUCCUUCCCCUGUGGUUCUUCGUAUGCAGAAUCUGCUGGCCAAGAUGCAGCAAGAAGUAAUUUGUCCGCUGAUAGAGCUGCUGAAGGCUCCUAGGAGAGAGGAAGAAAAGUCAGACCUUUGGCUAAGAAAGGCCAGUGACUCUGCUCUCCUCCUUGUUUACACUUGGGUUGAGGUAGACACUUUGUUUAAUAUUAGCUGCUGUAAAUAUGUGUCUCCAUCAGCUGAAACUGGUGGUGCUACUACUGCCUCUGCUGCAAAGCCCUGGGACAUUUCGACUUUCAUUCCUGGUGUGGAGGAGCAGUGUUGGGAGAGAGUCAUGGAACUUGCAAGUAGUUUUACCUCCACUAGUAAAUACUGCUUAGAACUGCUUGCACUUCAGAAAAUGAAGAUGAUUCUAAUGCAGACUCAGGCUGACGUACAGGCCCUGCAGCAAGCUGCAGCUUUCAUCAUAGAGUCUGGGAGAGCUAGCAUGAGCAGAGGAGAAUCUGAACCAUGGGAUGGAGAUAUCUGCGCAAUAAAUGAUCUCACCUACCCCACGGCACACUGUCACCUCGUCAUCUCCAACCUGACUAUCCUGUUGCCAUAUAUUUCCCUGAAAAAUGUACAGGACAUUGCAGAUGUGCUUUUGGAGACGUUAGUAUUGACCAGAUCACAGGAAACUGCCACAGACCAGGAGCCUUCCAUCAGCAUUGGAAAGAUCUGUCUCAGUUUGAUGCGCAGUUCCUUUCUCCCUGAGAUGAAGGUUCUACACUGUGCUUUUCUGACCAGCCUUAUUCAUCAGUUCGCGAAGGUGCUGCCCUCUGCUGCUCAGGAUUCGGUAGAUCUGCCGCUUCUGCAGCUGUCUGCAAAUGAUAUCUCUUGGCAUGAAGAAAUUCUGGGUCCUUGCAAAACGACUGACGCACUGUCAGAAAACAAACAACCGAAAGAUGAGCCCAGUUUAUCUUGGAAAACUCUGGAGAAGGUUGCCCAGUGUAUAUUACUGUUAGCAAAAAAUAGUUCCCCUGUCAUCCUGAAGGAAAGUCAAGUAGAAAGCUUUCUGACUUUGCUGGAAAUUACUUCUCUUCUGAAAUUAGACAGUCUUCUUCCCUCUGACUGUAUCCGGUGUUUUUUAUUGUUGCUGUCCCUGAUAGCAAAUACCAGGACUAGUGCCUCCUGCAGCAAGCUGUUAUCACUGAAGUUUUUAAGUACCUGCUUCCAUCUCCUCAGAUGUCUGCAAGCUGGCAGGAAUGCCAGCUCUGUUUUUAAAGUUUUUCAUGCCAGUGAUAUUCUUGAGGCCAUCUUAAUGUCCCAGCUUACAGCUAGUAAAUCCUUUACUGAUACUUUGACUGUUCCUGUUUGGACAGAAUAUCUCCAGGAAGUCCAAGCCUCUUUGGAACACUUUCUUCAGAUGAUUGUUGAGAGAAGGCAAAGUGUGAGGCUUAACUUGGAAAAGUUUGUCUCUUUCCUCUCAAGCUGCAAGCCAGAUGUUGGUGCAGUGAAAAGCAAAUGCAGGAAAAACUGGAAUCCCGCAGCUGAGCAAUUACUGCUCUUGUCAUUCACCACACUGUGUCACGUCCUCACGCUCUAUCUUCAGCAGCAACCAGAAAAGAAGCUGCAGUCUACAGACAUACUGUCUGCUUUGUUGGAGCCAGUAGUUCAGCAGAUGGGGAAAGCUAUUGAGCAUGGUCUUCAGAGUAACACCCCAAACCACCAUUUGCCUGUAGCGUUUAUACCAUCUGUCAUGACUCUUCUCAAGGCAGAUUUGAGCCACGCUGUCAGAAAGGGCUGGCAAAAGAAUCCUGAGGAGUCCUGUGCAUUUUUGGAGCAAUCUCGUGUUAAACUGUACCGAAAGUUUUACUCUCAGAUACUGAGAGAGCUGCCCUCUGCAGGAGGUCAUCUGCAGUUCCUUCAGUCUGCCUUGCGGUUUUUAGCAGUCUUCUGCUCAGUGCCAGAGCUGUAUCCUGGAAAAGAAAAUGCAGUCACUGUUGUUUUUGCUAUCCAAAAGCUUCUCACUGGUCCUGUGAUCACAAUUCAGGUGAUUCAAAGUAUAGAGGUGGAGCUGACAGAGGUGGUUGUACAGCUACUGGGAAACUGCUCUGCUGAAGAAUUUUAUGCCAUAAUGAGGCUUUUGCUGCAGGGACUUGAAAUGAGGAACACUUGGCAACAGAAGGCUAAAUCACUGGGGACUUCACCUGGCAACCAUGACUCCCAAAUAUGACGGAGAGUGACUCGGUGUCCAUAUCAGCCAGCUCCUUCAGGACUUUGGGGUGCAUGUCAUCCAGACUCAUAUGGACUUGUUCAUGUUCAGCCUCAACAGGUGGUCUUGAACUUGCUCUUUGCUUACAUUAGGAAGGAUUUUUCUCCUCCAGCUGCUGCCUAGAAGUUCAGGGACACAAGAAAUUUGGGUAGCCUGACUGCCAGGAGUGACUGAGGCAAAGAACUCGUUGAGUCCCUCAGCCUUCUCCAUAUCUGUUGUAACAAAUUCUCCCUUGUCAUUUAUCAGAGAGGGUACGCUCUCCUUGGACUGACUCUUCUGAUCAGUGUACCUGUAGAAUCCCUACUUGUUAUUUUUUUCCUUGCUUAAGUGUGGUUCCACUUUAACGACUCAGUAGCCUUAAUUCCAUGUAUUGUCAACAGAAAUCACGUCUGUGAUGCUGAAGAUUUCUGCCAUGCUGAAUCUUUUCUUUUACUUGCUGAUUAGAGCUCUUCUAGAACAGGCAUUUAGCAGUCCGUGAGGUUAACUACUGCUUGUCUGUGAUUCUCCUUAACAGGUUUAAAGACAUUAUUUUUUGAAAUGAUAGUAGUUUUAAAUAAAACAAAGGCUGCGCUCAUGCCUUUGGUAUUUGUCUCUAAAAUGACUUUUACUUUGUAAUAGUAAUAUUACUACUCAAAAAAUACUACUCAGUAGCUUUUUACUGUGCCUUUCUCCACAAAAGCUUAAGCAGCAGUGGUAACACAUGGAAUACUUCAGGCUAAAAAGCCAGCUGCACCCUCCAUAGAAAGCUCAGUGAUUUGAGAUGAAGACUUGAAUUAAACUUGGGAGUUAUCUGAUUGUCUUUUUUCUCAGAAGUAGACAUGAAUAUGCCACUUCAAUUCUUGAUGGCUGUUUGAAAGUACAUCUGGAAUUAUAUGGAUGUGAGUCUACCCACCUGAGUGCAUAUAAGCACUGGAAUACAUAUGUAAGUGCUCCAAGGUUGAUAUACAGUGAUAAGGCCAUUUUGGUUUGUAGUGUGUUUCUUCAUUCAGUUUGUCAAAACCAGAUUUCUUUUUUUUACACAAACAAAAGUCUUGCUGUGAAAUGCAGCAUUCUUGGUAUAUCUUAGUAUACCAUUGUCCCUAUACUCCUCUGGCUUCCUUCUGCUAUGUAGUCGCUGCUAAGAAAGACUUUCCUUUCAUAAAAAUCACUUCAACCUUUUCAUAUAGUAAGUUGAUUCUGAAUGUAGUAGGCUGUACAUUUGGGCUUGUGCUGCUCAGCACACUGAAUUUCAUUGAGCUGGUAAUUAUUUUGCUAUUUCCAGAGGGCUGUGCUGGUGGAAGGACUUCCAUGUGUCAAGGCUCUGGUGAUGCUCAAAACUGUCACAGCCCUUGAAAGAGCUCUUUUGUGCUUGAAAGGAACCAGUGCACCUUGUACCAUGACUGAUUGUCAAUCUGC